UCCAGCUGGUAGUUGGCAGAAUCAGCUAAAGUAGUGAUCCCUAUAAAUAACUGGGCCAAGAGACACAAUUCCCCAAGCUGCUUGUCAUGCCAGGAAUUCCUCCCUGACCCGAGACGGAGAAAUCUCUGCAACUGCACAGGGCAUAUCGAUGUUUGGUGGCUUUUAGGUGGUAGUGGGAGGUAGUAUUUCACUACCACAGCUGUUUUUGUUACUGCCUUUUCUAUUCCAGUCCCUCUAUUAACUUCCACAAUUUUUACGUCCAUGGAGUCUACUGUAAAGUCAUUUUUUGGGGCCCCAGUGAAACAGCUGCUCUGCUGCAUCUCUGCAAAUUUCCCUGAGGAUAUGGACUCCCCAUCCCUGGGAGGUCACCUGAAAGGUCCAGGGGAACAGCGCCAUGACCAGAGAAGUCAGGAAGAGAAAAACAAACGGAAUGAGUUCUACGCUGAGAAAAAAGCUGAACAGGCAGCCAUGAGGAGCCGCCUCCGGGAGAAGUACCGCCUUCCGGAGAGUGAAGUCGACCGGCAGCAGCUGGCGGCCUUCAGGAGGAGAGCGGGACCGGGACCGGCCCCAGGCCUCGCGGCCGAGCGUGGCUCCUGCUCCGCCGGCGCUCCGAGGAAAGCAGCCCCGGGCGCCGCGCGGUGCCUGCCCGGCGCCCGCAGGGCCUAGUGACGCGAGCGCCGGUACGUCCGGUGCUUGGGGGGGGCGGCGGGCCGCGUUGCCAUGGGUACGCGCUCCCGACGUGCUCCGCGCGCUCGGGGGGCGGGGCGGGGAGGCGGUGUCCGCGGCGGCGGCGCGGA